CAUUUUUGAAUUUCACUUAAGACUCUUUCUCCUCUCUCUCAAUACCUCCGAGCUCUAUCCGUCACUCUCCACUCUCUCAACCCCGACUGCGCCUCCACCACUCUCUCAACAUUCACGCUUGCUCUCUGCCUCUCCGUCAACCCCGUCUUCACCGCUUCCCGCAUACCCACAUCAGACCCAUGAGCAAAAACAAAGAAAAAAUGGCGGCUCACCAUCAGAGAUCCUGACCCCCAAACACGCACACCCUUUUUAGACCCAGAUCAGAGAAAGUAAGGGUUGGGGUUUGGGGAGAAUCGGGUUAGGGUUUGAUGCUUUUUCAUGUUAGAUCUAUGUAGGGAUAUGAGAUUGAGAGAGAAAGAAAGAGAGUUUGGUCGAAGGAGACAAGAAGCCACCAUCGGAGGUGGUGGUUGUGAUGAAAAUUAUCCUUGCCGAUUUGGGCGGGCUUGUUUCAGAGAGAGACCACCACUCGACAUGAGGAGAGAUGUGCAGGUGAUCUUCAAGAUGACUCCUCAUGACAAGCAAGCUAUGAUGUUUUCAGCAACUCUCAGUAAAGAGAUCCGCCCUGUUUGCAAACAAUUUAUGCAAGAGCCAAUGGAAAUUUAUGUUGAUGAUGAGACCAAGUUGACUCUUCACGGUCUUGUACAGGCACUACAUUUUAUUGGACGAGGCAGAGAAAAACCGCAAAUUGAAUGACCUUCUUGAUGCAUUGGACUUCAAUCAGGUUGUCAUUUUUGUCAAGAGUGUGACCAGAGCUGCUGAGCUGAACAAGUUACUUACGAGUGGGACCAGAGCUGCUGAGUUGAACAAGUUACUUUGUUCAUGAUUUUUACUUUUAUUUUUCAUAUUUUUAUUGUAUGGGGAAAACACUUAGAUGGCUGAGUUUUUUGCUUUGUCAAGUUAAGAUUAACAGACAAAAUCGUGUAAUAUUUUCCACACAAAGGUGAUAUAAAUAUGUAUUUUACUUUCUAUUUGUUCC